AUGUAAAAAAGCAAUUCUUAUCAUAUAAAAACACCAAGGAAAUAUCGACAACCAAAUAUUAUAUCAUAAGAAUUAUUGUAAAAAUUAACUCAAUCGAAACCAGAAAAUAGAUAGGAGAACGAAUAUUUUGAUAAACAUGCAUAAAUGAAUGAAGCCAAAAAAGUAAAAUAAAUUUCUAGAUCUAUUGAAGGAGGAUCUUAAAGUUAUAGAGAAAUAGUAUAAUAAAGUUUACAUCUUUUAAAUUUGAAUAAAAACAGUUUAGAAAAGGAAUUGAAUUUGAAAAAUUAAAAUGAUGAAAUACAAAGAACAGAAAAAAAGUCAAGGCAUGUCAGUCAUGUUAGUUAAAUAUUGACGAAAAGGAAUAGAACUGAUAGCAAUUCUUUAACUCCAAGGAAGGUAGGGGUAAAUGAUUUUAUCCUAAAUGCAAAUGCUUUUUUAAAGGAAAAACAAUUGGAAAAUCAAUUAGACAAGUUGUCUUAUCAAAUAGUAUAACUUUAAAAUAAAUCUAAUAAACUGGAAAUACAAAAUAGAUUGCUGUUUGCAAAUAUAUAAUAAUAUUAAUAAGAUUCUCAUAACCUAAAAGUAAUAUGACUUUUAUAAUUAGGAUAGGCACUCUCUUAUUCAAAAACUAGAUACAAUGAUUUUAAUGUAGUAACGUUAGGAAGAAAAUCUUAAUUACUUUAAAUAAUUAUUUAAGGAGAAUAGUAAUGAAAAUAAGAAAACACAAAAUUCCCUCCCAAAACUUCGACAGGCAGGUUUAUCAGCAUAUCUUGGUUUAAAUAUUUGA